AGUCCGACCCGGAAGGAUUUGUGCUUCACUCACAUGUGGACAGGAUUUUAACACCAGUGACGGGAACGUGCUCGUAUGUUGUGAUACAACCUCAGACAGGCGAACGCGUGAUGAACCCCGCAUUUUGGCUUAAUAACCGCGAAUCAGGAUAGACGGCCCGGGCUUGUUUUCGUUGAAGAUCGCUCCUCCACAGGCGACAAAUGAUACGAUGGAAAAUUUAGAAUUGAGCCUGUCAUCACUGAGCACCAUAUCUAGGCAUGUUGACAAAAGUCACAACGAACUCAGCCAAUAUCUGUCAAAACAGAUAUGGAACCAGCAGGACAGGCAAUGUAUUCUGGAGUGUUUGGCUCAGCUGCUGUUGGAGAAGGACUAUACUUUGCUGAUUGCACGACACCUGCGACCUCUUGUUCUGGAUCUGUUGGAGCGGAGUGCGGAGAGGGUCAAAGCUGGUGGCAGAAUCAACCAUGACCUCCACGAGCGCCUAUGUGUGGCCCUCAGCAAACUCCUCGGCAUCAGUCCUGAUGCGCAGGCGUUUGCUGCGAGGUACUUCAAUGAUGCCCCCCCAGUGUUUCAGAGGCUCUUUUUUACCAGUGAAGAGUCAUCAGCUGUUCACUAUGGCCCCAGGAGAAUGAAGCUGCGUGACCUCAUGGGUGCCACUCUACGAUUCCUCCAGAGUGAUUGUGCCAAGUUUCGAAUUCUGUGGGACUGGAGUCCUUGCGUUUCACAGCUGCUCACCAGCGACGUCAUGGUUAGAGGAUACACUGCCCAUUGUUUAGCGUUGGUCUCUCAUAUGACUGAUAACCAGAAGACCAUCUUUCUGAGAAAGGUGCUCACAGGUGAUGAGAUCCUGCACAUGAAAAUUAAAGCUUUGGAAGAAACUCAGCAGCUGGAGGUAGAAAAAGCCCUAGUGUUAACCAAUCAGGGCUCUGUAAUGUGGCGCCAGGAAAAAGCUAAUAAGUUUACAAGGGGCCAGGUGGUAUCAGAGGACCUGUCCCAGAAUGUUGUGGCAGUCUGUGGUGUUGUCCUACCCAGGAUAGUUCCCAGACAGGCUGCACAGGUGAACCAAAAAGAUCUGGUGUUGGUGGAUUCAACCUGUCGUAAUCUGAGAAGACUGGCAUUAGCUGUGGCUUCACAGAAACCUGUGCUGCUAGAAGGUCCUAUUGGAUGUGGUAAAACCGCCCUGGUAGAGUUUAUAGCUGCUGUCACAGGACAUACAAAAGCUACGGAGAUCCUCAAGGUCCAGCUUGGGGAUCAAACUGACAGUAAGAUGCUGCUGGGAAUGUACCGCUGUACUGACAUACCAGGGAAGUUUGUGUGGCAGCCAGGAACGCUGACGCAAGCUGUAUCUAAAGGCCAGUGGAUUCUGUUGGAAGACAUUGACCAUGCACCUCUGGAUGUGAUAUCUGUGCUCCUGCCUUUGAUGGAGAAUAAAAAGCUGAUGAUUCCAGGCAGGGAGGAUUGUAUCGAUGUUGCUCCUGGAUUUCAGUUCUUUGCAACAAGAAGGAUGUUUUACAGUGGUGGCAGUUGGCACAAACCACAGAACUCUCAUGCAGCGCUGCUGGACAAGUACUGGACCAAGCUUCAAAUGGGCAACAUGACACGAGAAGAACUGAAGAAGGUGCUCAUCAGCAGGUAUCCUAAGCUGAUGGUGGUGUCAGAGCGUCUCCUGGAUAUCUACUGCCAGCUCACUGGUGAGAGACACUCUGAGCUGGACAACAGCAACCUCCAAACCUCUGACUGCAGCCAGCAGUACACAUCUGAGGACAAAAGCACACCACUGGAGGGAAGAGCCCUGUCCCUGAGGGAUCUACUAAAAUGGUGUGAGCGGAUCAGCAAUAACUUUGAUAGCACCUCAUCAGCUACAGCACAACAUGUCUUCCAAGAGGCUCUUGACUGCUUUACAGCCAUGCUGUCUCACUGUGAAAGUCGGCUGCGGAUGGCUGAAAUCAUUGGAAGCAAGCUCAACAUCUCCAAAGAGAAGGCCCAGCACUUCUGCCAGAAGUAUCAGCCUGGCAUCACGCUGAGUGAGCAGGAGGCCUCUGUGGGCAGAGUCGCUCUGGGUAGAAAGCAGACUGAAGCAGUGCAGCUGAGUGUGGACGGCCAGACAUUUGCUGCAACACGUCCCUCUGCUGUGCUGCUGGAACAGCUGGCAGUGUGUGUCACCAAAGGGGAGCCUGUUCUUCUGGUAGGGGAGACAGGAACCGGAAAGACCUCCACUGUUCAACACCUGGCCAGAGUCACAGGACACAGAUUGCGGGUUGUGAACAUGAACCAGCAGAGUGAUACUGCUGACCUGCUUGGAGGGUACAAGCCAGUUGACCACAAGCAGAUCUUGCUCCCUCUUCGUGAGGCCUUUGAGGACCUGUUCUCCCAGACUUACUCAAGGAAGCAAAACCUGACCUUCCUGGGCCAUGUGCAGACGUGCUUCAGGGGGAAGCGUUGGCAGGACCUGCUCAAACUUAUGGACCAUGUCUGCAAGUCUGCUCUCACUAAGGAGCUGCAGGAGAAAUCCAACGCUGCCUUGCUGCAGGAGCAGUGGGAGGCCUUGGCCAUCAAGCUGAGCCAGACUCAGCAGCAGAUCCGAGCCUGUGAGACAGCCAUGGUCUUCGCCUUUGUGGAGGGAACAUUAGCUCAGGCAGUAAAAAAGGGCCACUGGAUCCUGCUGGAUGAGAUCAACCUGGCAGCAGCAGAAACCCUUGAGUGUUUGAGUGGACUCCUGGAGGGUAAUGCUGGAUCUCUGGUACUGCUGGACCGUGGAGAUACUGAGCCCCUGGUACGCCACCCAGACUUCCGGCUCUUUGCCUGCAUGAACCCAGCGACUGAUGUGGGCAAGAGGAACCUGCCUCUGGGCCUCAGGAACAGGUUUACUGAGCUGUAUGUGGAGGAGCUGGAAAAUGAGGGAGACCUGCGGAUUCUGGUUUCGGACUACCUCAAGGGCUUGAAUCCACACAGGAGUGUCAUCAGUGGUGUGAUAAGUUUUUACUUAGCAGUACGAAAGGAGGCAACCUCACAUCUGGUGGACGGGACAGGCCACAGACCCCACUACAGUCUGCGCACACUGUGCAGGGCGCUGAAAUACGUGGCAGCAAACCCCUGCAACAGUGUGCAGCGCUCGCUCUAUGAGGGUUUCUGCCUGAGCUUCCUGACUCAGCUGGAUAGAAGUUCCCACCCUCUUGUCCAGAAACUGGUUUGUCAGCACAUCCUGAUGGGGAACACUAAGUGUCUCAAACAACCCAUCCCGGCACCCUCAGGCCAGCCUUGUGUGGAGGUGGAGGGCUACUGGGUGUUCCAGGGAGAGAUGGAGCCGGCUUUGGACCCCAGCUACAUCCUCACAGCCUCAGUCAAACUCAACCUCCGCGACCUUGCCAGAGUGGUGUCUGCAGGGACUCACCCAGUACUGGUCCAGGGAGAGACAUCCGUUGGGAAGACCAGUCUGAUCCGCUGGCUGGCUGCAGCCACAGGGAACCAGUGUGUGAGGAUCAACAACCACGAGCACACAGACAUCCAGGAGUACAUAGGCUGCUAUUCAUCAGACGACAGGGGCAAGCUGGUCUUCAAAGAGGGAGUUCUGAUUGAUGCCAUGAGAAAGGGCUACUGGAUCAUCCUAGAUGAGCUGAACCUCGCCCCAACUGACGUCCUGGAGGCUCUCAACAGACUACUCGAUGACAACAGGGAGCUCUUUGUAGCCGAGACACAGGAAGUCAUCAAGGCUCACCCCAGAUUCAUGCUGUUUGCGACUCAGAAUCCACCUGGUCUCUACGGUGGUAGAAAGGUGCUCUCCAGGGCUUUCCGGAACCGCUUUGUGGAGCUGCACUUCGAUGAACUGCCCAGUGGUGAGCUGGAGACCAUCCUCCACCAGAGGUGCAGCCUGCCUCCAUCCUACUGCACCAAGCUGGUCAAGGUCAUGCAAGACCUUCAGUCCUUGCGCAGGGGAUCCUCUGUGUUUGCAGGGAAACAUGGAUUCAUCACUCUCAGAGAUCUGUUCCGCUGGGCAGACCGCUACAGGCUGGAGGAGCAGGCGGAGACCUCUCAGGACUGGCUACAGCAUUUGGCUGAUGAUGGGUACAUGCUGCUGGCAGGACGUGUGAGGAAGCCAGAGGAAGAGGCCAUCAUCCUGUCCAUCCUAGAGAAGCACUUCAAGAGAACAGUUAACCCUGACAACCUGUUCUCUCAGAAACAGGUCAUCAGCCAGUUUAGCCCAUUCAUUGACAGCAUCGCUGGAGUCCCAGAGGAGUUUCGCCACGUGGUCUGGACACAAGGCAUGAGGAGGCUGGCUGUCUUGGUAGGACGGGCGCUUCGAUUUGGCGAAUCUGUCCUGCUUGUUGGAGACACUGGAUGUGGAAAGACAACAAUCUGCCAGCUGUUUGCUGCUUUGGCUGGACAGAAGUUUUUCUCAGUUAACUGUCACCUACACAUGGAGACGUCUGACUUCCUGGGAGGCCUGCGACCCGUCAGACACACACAUCAGACUGAUGGUGAGGACAGCAGGCUGUUUCAGUGGAAUGACGGCCCCUUGGUGCUGGCCAUGAAGGAGGGUGGUGUGUUUCUCAUGGAUGAGAUCUCCCUAGCAGACGACUCAGUCCUGGAGAGACUCAAUAGUGUUCUAGAGACGGAGAAGUCCCUUGUAUUGGCAGAGAAGGGUAGCGGGGACAAUGAUGAUGUGGAGCUUAUCAGAGCAGCUGCAGGUUUCCGUCUGGUUGCCACCAUGAACCCUGGAGGAGACUUUGGCAAGAAGGAGCUCUCUCCUGCCCUCAGGAACCGUUUUACAGAGAUCUGGUGUCCUCAGAGCAACAGCCGCAGUGACCUGGUUCAGAUUAUCCAACACAACCUGCGCUCAGGCCUCUCUCUUGAUGGGGGUGAUAUUGCAGAGCUGAUGCUCGAUUUCAUCGAGUGGCUUACGCGUCAGGACUUCGGCCGACGCUGCAUCCUAAGUGUCAGAGACAUCCUGUCCUGGGUCAACUUCCUUAACACUGUGUGUGAGAGGGAUGAGGAUGGCUUCAUGACCAUGGGAGCCCUGGAAGAUGAGGAAGAAGCAGAGUGGGACCUCAGACUGGACACUGUUACCGCCUUCAUUCACGCUGCAUGUCUGGUCUACGUAGACGGCAUUGGCUCUGGAACCACAGUGUCCUGUGCAGACAAUGCCCGUCUGGCACGACAACUCUGCUUGGAAUUCCUGCGACAGCGGUUGAGCAAGAUGACCAAGCUGGAUCAGGAGAUGCUGGACGCCCUGAGAGUCUAUGACAGUAGCCUGCUGCGGGAACCCCAGUGGGGAGAAGAUUUCUUUGGCAUUGAUCCCUUCUACAUCGCCUUGGGUCCCCAGACCGAGAGCCGUAACCUUCAAGACUACGCCAUUGCAGCAGGUACCACAGCGAUGAAUGCCCAGAGACUUCUGCGGGCGCUGAAGCUGCAGAGACCUGUGCUACUGGAGGGCUCACCUGGUGUAGGAAAAACCAGCUUGGUGGCGGCACUGGCAAAAGCUUCUGGGAACCACCUGGUCAGAAUCAACCUGUCAGAGCAAACGGAUGUCACUGAUUUGUUUGGGACAGAUCUCCCUGUGGAGGGAGGGAAAGGAGGAGAGUUUGCAUGGCGCGAUGGCCCUCUUUUAACUGCCUUGAAGGCAGGCCACUGGGUUGUCCUGGAUGAGCUGAACCUGGCCUCUCAGUCAGUGUUGGAAGGUCUGAACGCCUGCUUUGAUCACAGAGCAGAGAUCUACAUUCCUGAACUGGGCAUGAGCUUCCAGAUUCAGCACGAGAAGACCAAAAUCUUUGGCUGCCAGAACCCCUUCACUCAGGGUGGUGGGCGUAAGGGACUGCCCAAAUCGUUCCUCAACAGAUUCACUCAGGUUUUUGUGGACCAGCUAACGAACAAAGACAUGGAGUUCAUAGGACACUCCGUUUUCCCCAACAUUGACAAGGAAAUCAUUGCUAAAAUGGUGGAGUUCAGCAACAAGCUUGUCGUGGAGGUGGGUAUAGAGCGCCGGUGGGGUCAGAGAGGGAGCCCUUGGGAGUUCAACCUGCGUGACAUGUUCCGGUGGUGUCAGCUCAUGCAGGAUGACCAAUCACCAGGAUUUUUCAAUCCAGGCCAGCAUGUAGCCUUGGUGUAUGCUGACAGGAUGAGACUGGAGGCUGACAAGGCUCAGGUGCUGUCCGUGUUCAGGAAGGUGUUUGGCGAGGACUAUGAGCCGUACAGUGGCUCUAGAGAAUUCCACAUCACUCCUCUCAAUCUGCAGGUGGGCUUCUCUGUCCUGCAGCGCAGCGGAGGAGCUCCUGUGGCCCUGGACCCUCCACUGUCCAUCACACAUCAGGCACUGCGGCCCCUGGAAUCCCUGAUGAAGUGUGUGGAGAAGGGCUGGAUGACAAUACUGGUUGGCCCCACAGCCAGUGGAAAAACCAGCCUGGUGAGACUGCUAGCUCUACUGACAGGACACCGCCUUAGGGUCAUGGCCAUGAACAGCGCCAUGGACACCACAGAGCUGCUGGGGGGUUUUGAACAGGUGGAUAUCAUGCGGCCAUGGCAACAGGUGCUGGAGAGUGUGGACUACAUAGUUGCCAUGGUCAUAAGGCGGGGACUGAUGUCACUGGAUGUUGGCAUCCAGGAUACAGAGUUCCUGCUGCAGACUUGGGGUCUGUUCUGCCACUGGCUGAAGGAGGAAGGACUGCAAAGAACUGGGGGAACCGUCAACUCUGAGGCACUGAACAAGCUAGAGGUCAUCAUCCUCCUCCUGCAGAAACUCAACACCAAACUCAAAGUGUUCACUGACAUGUCCAAACUGCAGAUGGAUUUCACUCUUCUGAAGGAGCGUCUGGCUCAGCUGGAAGAUGGCUGGACAAACGGAGGCUUUGAGUGGUUGGACGGUAUGCUAGUCCAGGCCCUGCAGGCUGGGGACUGGCUGCUCAUGGACAAUGUUAAUUUCUGCAGUGCCUCCGUCCUGGACCGCCUCAAUGCUCUGCUGGAGCCCGGUGGAUCUCUCACCAUCAACGAACGAGGCGUCAUAGAUGGGAAGACUCCCAAAAUCACCCCACAUCCUAACUUCAGGUUGUUCCUGACCAUGGACCCACUACAUGGUGAGCUCUCAAGAGCCAUGAGGAACCGAGGGGUGGAGAUAUACAUCCCAGGGGAACAUGAGGGAGUCUGCUGGGACACUCUGGACCUGAAGACCUUACUUCACACCGCAGGGGUGACUGGGGACUGUGUUUGUGACCUGUUGAUUGAAAUACAUAAAAGCAUCAAAUCUGCCAUCUGGGAGUCCCCUGCCUCAUCAGUGGCCUCCCUCCUCCAUGCUGCCACCCUGCUGUCCUGCCAGCUGCAGAGAGGCGUAGAUUUACCCAGCGCCCUGCAGCAUGCCUGUGGAGAGGCCUACUCAUUAUGCCAACGCACCACCGUCUGCCAAAAGCAAGCCCAGCAGGUGAUUGAGCAGCACUUGGCCAUCCUGGACACAGAGGACUGGGGCAGCGGUCUGCUCUGUGCUGGAGUCUGGCCCGAUGGCUUCCCUUCUGCCCUCCUCUCCACCGAGGACUCCUGCUUCGCCACCGUCCUUCGAGAUGGACAAGUCCUCUCAUUUUGCUUGAACACCCUCAGUCUGCAGGGCAAGCGGAAUCGUCCGUUGAGUCUGAGUGACCUGCAGAGGGCGUUGCAGAGCAGUGGUGUCCAUGAAGGCCUGGUGUUCUCUGGAGGAGUGGUAGAUCUGUCAGAACGAGAUGCUCUGAGGCUGGUCCCCACAGCGGUGAGACUGCUCACAGAGAGAGCCUCCCACGGAGACUGGAUCCUCCGCAGCAGUUGGCUCUCACACCUGGGGAAGAGCUACAAACACGCCCCUGAUCCAGCUCUGGUCCAGGUAGAAGCAGGAAACAGGGCUCUGAAGGCUGUGUUUGGUAGCAAACUUGCUGCCAAGGGCAAGUCACUAGCAGAGUUGCUCCAGCCUCACAGCACUGAUGAAUACAGAAUUCUGGUGGACAUGCGAUGGAACAAGCAAUACCUGGAUAUUUUAGCUAACAAGUGCAACUUUGAGGAUGAGGAAAGAUACAUGGAGUUUCUGGAGGCACUGAACGCAGUCGCCAACAGGAUUGUUCUGAUGAUGGACAGAGAGGAACGAUCUGUCAUCUGCUCCUGUGCUAUCAACCUGUGUCCUCAGAACUGUGCCCUGAGAAUAGCCACAGCCUUCAGCAAAGGGACUGUGGAUAUUGGUCACCUGCCCCACCCGGUCCUGAUGCACCUGCGGACCUUCUUUGACCUGUGGGACUCCUUCACCCUGCAGGCUGUGCUGAGUGGACAGCCCUACAUCUCAGACCACAUCAUGUUUGAGAUCCUCCAGCUGCUGCAGUGGCUCGAUCGUUUCUGGGACGUUUGCAGCACGUUGCCGGCUGACUCUCAAGGCAUUUCUGUGCUGUCUCUGCACUGGCAGUGGGUGCAGAAACACCUGAUUCUCCGACUGCCCCAGCUGCUGCUGGGAGACGACGCCUCAUUGGAAGGUCAGCAGGAGCUGCAGGCAGUCUCAGCAGCCAUCCAGACUGUUCUGUCCACUCCAGUGUCUGUGGCCACAGCUCUGAAAGGCAUUCAGAAAACCCUGGGGAAAGCGCUGCCAUUCAAGCUGGAGUCAGUUGCUGAGUGUGCGUCUCGACUCAGGCUCCUGAGCAAAGCCUUGGAUGUGAGCGAUAUCAGGCUGGAUGGUACCGCAGCUUCUUGGAGGCAGGAACUGGUACGACUUCAAGGUGCUGGACUUGGGCUGGAUAUCAAAGAGAGUCUUCUGGAAGCCUUUGGCCUUGUUCUGCUGGCAAACAACCAGCUGGAUCCACAGACAUCUGGAGUGCUGGAGAGGUUGGUGUUGAGUGUGGAGCAGCAGCAGCGUCAGAUGGCCUCCAGGGGGCUCCUGGAGAACUGCGUCCAGUCUGAGGGUGAGGAGCCAGGAGACGGAGUCCACCUGUCCAGAGAAGAGCUGCAGCAGCUCAGCCGCAGAGCCCAACUCUGGCCCCUGAUGGAGGAACUGGCUGUACUCAACCAGCUGCGACUCAGUACUGACCUGCUGCACUUGGCUCUCUCUCCUGGCGAUCAGGAAGCUGAGGAAAGCUUACGGCGAGAACUCUCCAGACAUCUGCGCUACUGCCUCCAGUCCACACCGAUGAACAUCAGCCAGCUCCAGCCACUGUGGUUCCUGCUCAGCAGUGACAGACCGGCUGAGGAGCUGCAGUUUGUGUGGUGUGGGCUGCUGUCAGAGGCUCUUGCUGCCCUGUGGCGCAGCAGUGUCACCUCAGACCCCAACCUCUGGCUGAAAUGGGACCCACUGAAACCUGAGAGCCAGCCAGCUCCGAAGCUGCACCAUGAAGCAGAAAACAUGGGACCGGCCCUGCUGAGUAAAGCAGUGUGGUCACGUUGCAUGCUGGGAGUGCUCAGCAACUGUGAGACUGGAGGUCAAUGGCAUCCAUCCGGCACGGCCCUUCUCUCUAUGUCCCAUGUUACCUUGGGGGAGUGGAAAGAGAGGAUCCAGCAGCUGCAGGAUGUGUCUGCUGUGUUAUGGGACAAUAUGGCCAUCCCCACACUGGCUGAGUUUAGGGGCACAGACUUCAGGCUUCAGGGCGCUGUCCUGCGUCGGCAGCUUCAGAGCAUGGCUGAUCUGCUGCCUCCCAGCCUGCAGGAGGGCUACAUGGAGAGCUGUGAGAGCCUGGUGGAGGACCCUGACCCUCUGAUAGCUGCCCAGGAGAUCCAGACUGUCUUCAGAGACUUCCUGCCUCCCAAUCUGCUCCCCGAUGGCCUGGUGGAAGCUUGCAUCACCUGCCUGCAGCAGUACGUCCAAAGCAAAGUCCAAGGCUCCAACCAGCUGGCCCGCUCUGGAGUGUUCUGGGUCACCAUGGGCCUGCUGCAGAUUAAAGUGUGGACACCACAGACCAUCUUUGACCCAGCUGUAAAGAGGGCAUACAAACUCAACUACGCUCAGCAGGAGCUGGCUCUUCUGCAGGAGGAGUGGAGAGGACGCAGCCUGUCGUCCCAGUUGAUGACUGGAGCAGAACUGGAAGAGAGCAGCACAACUGAUGGCUUCCAGCACCCUCGAAUCAGAUACCUGUGGAUCCGUAUGCAGCAGGUGAAGGAUCAGAUAGCUGAGCUCUCCAGGAAGCAAGCCUGUCGCCCCCGUGAGCCGCAGUAUGGUCGACUCUUCCAGGAGCUGCAGCACUAUCUCUGCAGCAUCGGCCAGGCGUCUGCAGUGGAAGACCUCCUGUCCCACUUACUGAAGGCCGUGCAGAGCCCCCCCACCUCCAAGUCUAGGUCUGCAGUCCAGAGCUUGCUGAAGGAGGAGGCUGUGUGGCAAAACUCCCAGCAGCAAUUCUGCCAGAGGCUGCUGGAGGAUUACCCUCUGUACCCUGAUGUGGUUGCACCUGUUCGAGCGGGCAUCCUCCAGCUUCGACACGGCAUGAGACUUGUGGCCUCCCAGGUGGCCGCCUCGCUCACACCUGUGCCUGGUUUGCCCAGGUUGGUGUCCUGUCUGCUGGCCUUUCCCUCCCUGUCCCACAGCUUGCCGUCCUACCUGGCCCGGGCUGACUUCCUCUGCUCCAGGGCUUGCCUGGAUGUUCUGCGUUGCCUGGUGAAGCUUCUUCCCCAGCAGCAGGAUGCCAAGCAUGUGGUUCCGCAGUCCUCCACCCUGCUCCUGAAUGCACUACUGUAUGUGCAGUGCCACACCCUGUCCACCGGAGAGUUUAGCCUCGAGACGCGCAGCCUCUUCAGACACAUCUGCCAGGCUCUGGUGAACGAAUGGGAUGAGCAGGAGAGACGGAAGAGAGAGCGAGAGCAGCUGGAGGCCAGUUUGUACCGCAGCCGCAGUCGACUGCACGGCUCAGGACUGACAGAGGACGAACAGGAAGAGAGAGAUUUCAGAUGUCGCUUCCCUCAGUUCAACCAGGACUUUGCAGACAUCAUGUCCCAGCCCAGUCUGGAGGGUCCUGAAGACUUGAACCUUAAGGAGGAGGAGGAAGAGAAAGCACAAGAGGAGUCCAGUGAGAGCAGCUUCCUGUCUCCAGCUGUCAUCAACACUCUGGUCCAGGUCCAUCAGCGCCUCUGUCUUGGAUAUGCACAAUCACUGUGGUACCAUGGCACAGCGCCAGCCAAUCACAGCAAAGAACACAUCAAGGCUUUGGUCUCCUCCUAUCAGAUUGCUGCCCCUCUGAUGUCACGCUUCUAUCAUCUGAUUGAUGCUGAACUGGACCAGCAACUGACAGGCAGUGAACUGCUGCUCUCUGCACUCCUCCAGAACACGGUUCAGGGCUUGGGGGGCGCUGAUGGUCUCGCCGUCACCUCAGAAGGGCCUUAUGACUUCUACCAGCAGCCCAACAUGAGCGAGGCCCGUCUCUGUCUUCCCGUCCUGGAGCAGCUAAGCGUUGCAGUGAAGCAGAGACUGGAGGAAUGGCCAGAUCACCCAGCUCUCGUACAGCUGACUGUGGUGAUAGAGAGGAUCAUGGCUUUCAGUCUGGCCAGUCCACUGGCCAAGUUCCUUAAUGGUCUGGAGAUCCUGCUCAGCAAAGCACAGGACUGGGAGAACAACGCCAGCCGCUCAGUCUCCCUGCGGAAAGAACUGGAACCAGUUACCCAGCUCAUUAUCCAGUGGCGCAAACUGGAGCUCAGUUGCUGGUCGAGCAGUCUGGACAACGCAAUGAAGCGUCACACUGAGAAAUCAACCAAACACUGGUUUUCUAUCUACCAGCUAGUGGAGAGGUACCUGGAGGAACAGAGAAUGGGUGCUGAUACAGGUGAGGAGGUGGAGUACCUCUCCCUGUCCUCAGUGUCCUCCACCCUCCAGGCUUUCAUGGAGAGCUCCUCCCUGGGAGAGUUCCACACCCGUCUGGCCAUGCUACUCAGCUUCCACUGCCAUGUCCUGCUGAUCCCCAACCAGCCUGGACAAGAGUCACUGUCCAGCCUUUUGUGGAACCUGCACAAAUACUACAGUCAGUUCUCAGAUGGCAUCCUGACAAGAAUCGGUCAGCUCAGACAGCCCAUCGAGAAGGAGCUUAAGGACUUUGUCAAGAUCUCCAAGUGGAAUGACAUCAGUUUCUGGUCCAUCAAACAGUCGGUGGAGAAGACCCAUCGGACUCUCUUCAAGUUUGUCAGGAAGUUUGAGGAGGCCCUGAAUGGUCCAUGUGUUCCCGCUCUGGUGGAACAGGGAAGUAUUGCCAGCUUGGACAGUGUGGAUGCCAACCCAGAGGAAACACCCAUCCAUCGGGUUCACCAGACACUGAAGAGUGUCUUACCUGGGAAGGGCAGAGACCUGCAGAAUGAGGGCCCAGAUGUAGGAGUUGAAGUGUCAUCUCUACAGGGACGUCUGCCUGUUCUGACCAGGAAGAUGAAGAAAAUGUGCGUGCAGCUGCUGAAGAAGAACCCGGCACCCGAGCUGGCUGAAGACCUGGACUGCUUCACAGGUGAGAUCAUCAGCAAUAUGCGGGACCUGCAGAGCCUCGCCAUCGACGUGUCAGCGGAGAAGGAGAAGCAGAAGGCCGAGGUGAAGCACAUCCUACAGCAGAAGCAGAGGGCGCUUUCAGACCUGUUCAAGAUGCUCGCGGAAAUCGGUCUGUCGUACCGUAAAGGCCUGACGUGGAACAGGACAGCUGAGCCAGAGAAAACCCUCUGUAUGCAGCCUCUGGAGAUGAGCGCUGCUCUCGCUGCUAUCAGGAACCAGGAGCAGACUGAGACAACGUUGUUCACAGAGUUGUUGACAGCAUGGGAUGGAUGUCAGAAGUACUUCUACCGUUCAUGGGCCAGGAGAACAGCCCUGCAGACUGCACUUCAGCACGCUGCCAAGGAGCUUGGUCUGGGGAACAUAGAGCGUUGUAGAGGGUUCUCCUCACACCUUUUCAAGCUGCUCCUCCGACAGAGACAAAGACUGGCGAAGCUCACCGAGCAGUGGGUCCAUCUCAGGAGCCUAACAAACAGCAUCCAGGGGGUCAAGGCCCACGUGCAGAGCCACGGUGAGGACCAUGGCUGCAUCCUCCCGCCUCAGGCAUCUCUCCAGGGUUGGGUCAGCAGAGGCCAAGCGCUGGCUGCCCAGUGCACCACCCUCCUGCAGCAGCUUGCCUGGCUGCAUCAGUGCUGCCCGGAGGACCUCCAACAGAAGGAGGAGGCGAGCAGCUGCAGGCAGCAUACCCUGAGGUGCCCGUCUCCGCUGGCAGCACAUCGCCAGCCCCCAGGCUGUCUGAUGCGGAGGGGAGACACGGCCUGGUGCCAGUUAAACCAGCACAUCAAUACAAUGUUGAAGCAGACUCAGAGCCUGAAGGUGGAGUUGGACAAUGUGGCACAGCAGACCUCUGAUGGAGAACUCCACACAUGGAACCAUUUUGCUACAUGCUGUUCAGCCUUUGACCAGCUGGCAGCUGUAGUGGCUCAGAUGCCCAGUGUGGAGCAACUGUUCACCCCAGCAGUAUGUGUCAGCAGCGCAGACAGCCAGCCAGCCAUCACCCAGAGUCUGCAGUAUGUCAGAGGCCAGGUGGAGGAUAACAUCAGAGAGUUCACCACCUGGAAGACCCAGCUGCUGUGCCUGGGACACCAGAGCUCAGAUCACCAGUCGACCUUCUGUACUGAGUUCUCUGCCGAGCUGGAGACAACCAUCAACACAGUGUUGUGUGCUGUCCAGACGCUCGUGAAGAGGAGUGAGAGGGAGCAGCAAAGAAAGCAGCACGGAGCUGUCGAGAGAGAUGAUGCUGAAGUGGAGGAGGAAGAGGAGGAGGAUGAAGAGCCUGUGGAGGAGCUGCUGAAGCCCGGUCACCUGACUCGACUCCUGGAGGAGGAGCUGGCAGCUGAGGUGGAGGCCCUGUGUUUGGGAGAUGCUAAUGCCGAGCUGGAAGGGCUGCUGAGCCGCCUGAGGACACACAGAGACUCGUGUCAGCCAUCGCAGCUGCAGGAGGUGAGCAGUGCGUGCAGGAUGCUGGUGCGCCUGGAGCCUCUGCUGGGGAUCUACUCUGACUUAGUGCGUUACUACCUGGCUGUGUCGCUGGGAGCACACAGGACCACAGGCAAACUGCUGUCUGUCCUGGCCAGCAUCUUCACCGAGCUCGCUCAGAAGGGUUUCUGCCUGCCUCAGGAGCUGAUGGCCGGUGGGGAUGGAGAAGGAGCCACAGAGUUUCAUGACUACGAGGGUGGUGGUAUAGGAGAAGGCGAGGGAACCAAAGACGUCAGUGACAAGAUCGAGAAUGAAGAUCAGGUGGAGGACACUUUCCAGGAGGGUCAGGAAAAGGAAGAACAGCAGGAUCAAGAAAAAAUCAAGGCAGAGGACAACGCUAUUGAGAUGUCAGAAGACUUUGAUGGCCAAAUGCAUGAUGGGGAUGAGAAUGAAGCAGGUGAAGAUGAUGAGUCAUCUAAAGAGGAUGAGGAGGAGUUGGAUAAAAAGAUGGGUGACCUGGGUGAAGGACAGACGGACACUCUGGAUGAGAGAAUGUGGGGGGGGGACGAGGACGAUGAAGACGAAGGAAGCGACAAGGAGGAGGAGUCUGGCCAAGGCAUGGACCAGGGUGAGUCCGAGCUGGUUGCUAAAGAUGACAACUUGGAUGCUGCAGACCCCAACAAAGACAAGAAGAACCAGGACAGAGAUGACCCAAUGGACGAGGGGGAGAAAGAGAAAAUCAAUGAACAAGGAGAUCAGAGGGAGUUUGAUGAGAAUGAAGUGGACCCAUAUCAUGGCCAGCAGGACAAGAGACCUGAGCCUGAGGCCAUGGAUCUUCCCGAAGACCUCAACCUGGACCAGGAAGAUGAGGCUGGAGACGGAGAGGGCGAAGGUGAUGACGAGAAUCCGUUUGACAUUGAUGAGAAAGACGCGGGCUCCGAUGAGAAGGAUGAUGGACAGAAGGAUGAGAACGAGGAGGGAGAGGAAGCAGAGGGGAUGGAAGAGGAGCAGAUGGACCAACACAGGGAGGAGAAUGAUGAGGAGCCCAAGACUGAAGAGGAGGACGAGGAGGAAGGGCGAGACAAAGCUGAGGGAGAUGAGGAGUGUGUGGAGAAAGAUGAAGAGGAGGAGAGAGGAAAGGAGGCAGGAAGAGACGAAGACCUGACCACUCCAAAUGACAAAGGACACAAACCAAAGGAAGAGGAGAAGGAGGAGGAGGAGGAAGGAACAGGUGAGGAUGAGGAGCAGCCAGAGUCAUCUGAGAGGAAGGAGCACGACACAGACGGUCAGACUGGAGAGCAGAACGUUCAGAGCGAUACAGCUGUGGAGCUGGCAGGAGAGGCUUCAGAGAGAGACCAAGCUAAAGAGGAACAUGGGAGCGGAGCCGCUGACGCCAGCCAAUCAGAGGGCCACCAGUCGAAGCUGACGGCAAGAAUGGCUUCUCAGAAACAGACUCGGAACAAAACGCAGAGCUUCAAGAGAAAACCCGGUCAAGCGGACAACGAGCGAUCGACGGGUGACUACAGCGAACGCGUUAACAAGCGUCUGCGCACAGUGGAGAGCAGUAAGGAUGGCACCGAGGACAGCAGGCAGAGUGACGCCCAGCAGGAGUCAGACCUGUAUGAACACAUCAAACAGGGAGACGCGUCCUAUGACGCUCAGACAUAUGAUGUUGCCAGUGCAGACCAGCAGAAAGCAGCAGGACCUCAGCAGGACCAGGAUGAAGAUCAGAAAGAUGAGGAUGUGGCGAUGGAAACGGAGAACCAAGAAGAAGACCUUAAGGCCGCUGAGGUCCAGGAACUGAAGCCUGAGCAGCUGGACUCUACCAAGGCCUCCCAGAAAGGUACAGACAGUGGUGAGAUGGAGGUGGAGAAGCAGGGAAAGGAGGAGGAGGAAGAGGAGGUUUGGAAGGACCGACAAAAUCCCAGAGAAGAAGAACGAGCAGAGAGAAGCACAGAAUCCACAAUUCACACGGUUCCCGAGCUGCUGAUGAACACCAUGCAGAAAGCAGAGAGCGACGCAGAGGAGAUCAGGAGAGAGAUGGAGCUGCAGCUGGAGGCCUGGCACAACCUGGCUCCAGGAUCUCAGGUGGAGGAGAGUGCAGCAGCUUCCAUGUGGCACCAGUACCAGAGCCUGACCGCCGCGCUGUCGCAGCAGCUGUGUGAACAGCUCCGCCUCAUCCUGGAGCCCACGCAGGCCGCCAAACUGAAGGGCGAUUACCGCACGGGGAAGCGUCUGAACAUGCGGAAGGUCAUCCCCUACAUUGCAAGUCAGUUCCGUAAAGACAAGAUUUGGCUAAGGAGGACCAAGCCCAGCAAGAGGGAGUACCAGAUCUGUCUGGCUGUGGAUGACUCCUCCAGCAUGGUGGACAACCACUCCAAACAGCUGGCGUUUGAAUCCCUGUCGGUGAUCAUCAGCGCUCUCACUCUGCUGGAGGUCGGACAGGUGUCAGUGUGCAGUUUUGGCGAGCAGGUGCAGCUGCUCCACCCCUUCCAGCAGCAGUUCAACGAUGAGUCAGGUGCUCGGAUCCUCAGACUCUGUCAGUUCCAACAGAAGAAGACCAGAAUAGCACAGUUUUUGGAGACUUCGACAAAAAUGUUUUUAGCAGCGCGACAGCAGAUUCCUGGAUCUGUAAAUUCAGAGACAGCCCAGCUGUUGGUCAUCGUGUCUGACGGCAGAGGGUUGUUCCUGGAGGGGAAGGAGCGUGUGAUGGCCGCCGUGCAGGCAGCACGCAGCACAAACGUGUUCAUCAUCUUUGUGGUGCUUGACAAUCCAAACUCGAGGGACUCCAUCCUGGACAUCAAGGUGCCCAUAUUCAAAGGGCCUGGAGAACUGCCCGAGAUCCGCUCCUACAUGGAGGAGUUCCCCUUCCCCUUCUAUAUCAUCCUGCGAGAUGUCAACGCCUUGCCGGAGACCCUGAGCGACGCGCUCAGACAGUGGUUUGAACUCGUCACGGCAGCUGACCAGUAGACAAAUGAGAAGCCAUUUUAUUCACAGGAGUGGACAGCAGCCACCUGCACAGCGCUCCUUUGAUGCUAGCCUGUCAGCCACGACUCAGAAAAAGGAGGGGAAAAAAGACGGAUAUGCCGCUGUACAUGUGCCUUUAUUUUCUUAUCUUUACUGUAGAUUUUAGUAGAGUUUGAUAGCAACCUUUGCUGUUUUGUCCUUGUUAUCAGGGGGGGAGCUCUCAGUUUCUUUUGUAAUGCUUUAACUUGCACGUCUGAGAUGAAAUGAUAGAAACAAAAAUGUGAUUCCCUUGCGUGUGAAACACCUCAGUGAAGAGUCAGUGAAUACCUCUGUCCCUGUUGUACUAUAGCCCCUGAAAUCACGUUUGUGUGGCUGUUUUAGUCAGUGUUAUGAAGGUCAUCAAAUCAUUCAUCUUUAAUGUGAACCCAACAGACAGUUGUACAAAGCCGACAGAGCAGAGCUGUCGGGUCGUUUUUUUUAACAGAACCCUUCCUGUCGUCGCGACCUAACGGUAGCGUGUUGGUGCGGUCGUGACUGAAGAAACUUCAUAAUGUGCCUUGGAGAGGAGAACAGUAUCGCAUCUCACUUAAUGCCUGAAUGAGCUGUCCUGGUGAUGGAUCAGAGGCGCAGUCACAGCUCUGUCAGGAUUUUUAGAAAAUUCAGCUCUCAUGCACUUUGAAGCACAGGGACUGCAGAUUCCAGUUUUGAUAAAUACCCCACAACAACCCAUUUUAGUGGUUUAAAGACACAUAUCUGCUGUUUUCAUCUUCCAUCCAUACUGUGUGACUUCUGCUACAUCAGAGCUCAUUGUUAGGGGGUAAGUGUGCAUUGAAAUGUUUAUUAUCACCUCUGUGUUUUGUAAGGUGGACUGAACAUGUGAGCAGACAUCUGUCAUAUUUAAGAGGUCGUUUCUUCAUCUCAUCCACCUGGUAAACCAUGACAUGAAUGAUCCUGACAAUAAAUCGUUUAUAAGGUU